AUGUAUGAGGGUACUGAUGACGUUGUUCUUCAAUGGUGGUUUUAUGAAAUUUGUAAAAAUGCUUCGGGCCUUAUUUGUAUUAAAGUUGAUAAUUCGAAUUCCACAAUACCUCGUAUGCUGAAGUGGAAGGCUGAAAAAUCAGUUGACAAAGACUUCCUAGUUCGAAAGUUUAGUUUUUUUCGUCCUGACCAGUUCUCUAAUGUUGUACCAACUGAGGAAGAGAUUGAAAGUUUGCAUCUCCAGAAUUUGUUUGUUGAGAAAAAUGAAUUUGUUCGUCGUGAACCUAUAGGGAGGAAUGACAGAUUUGUUCCAUCUACAUCGAGCAUUUAUGACGAGCAAUUACGUAAUCUUACCUCUAGUCGAUGCAACUAUUGGAUGAUUCUGUUAUUUCACAGUUUUUCUGUAAAAGUCUUUGAAGAGUUUAAAGUGGUUCACUCUACUUUAAAGGAACUGCAUGAUAUGAUGGAUAGUAAUGUGAACGUCGAGAAUAUUCAUGGCAAGGAUGUUCAUCAUGAUAGAUUCACUAUGCUACCAUCUGAUAAAUUUAUUAAUAAAUCUGAUGUUCAUAUUGGUGAUCAUGAUGUGUCUCAGCAUAAUCAGGUUGGAAAAUUUGAUUCUAAUGGUGAUGAAGUUAGUACUUUUCAAUCUCCAGAAGUUGUAGUUCAAGAUUCAGACACGGAAGAGCCUUUCUGUCAGAAUUUAAAUGGUAUUCAACCUGCUGAUUGUGAAGUUAAGGAUUCAUAUGUGAAGGAUGCUCAUUUAGCCAACAAGGGUGUUGACUAUGUUGAGAAUUCUGAAAUAAGUGGUGAUGAAGUGCUAAAUGUUGAUCAGGCCAGUUUCAAAUUAUCUGUGUUAUAUAGUGUAGAUCUUAUUCAAAAUUUAGAAGUUGAACUUCAUGAUUUAGCUGCCACGGAUGUUGAUUUUGAUCACAAGAUUAUUUCUCAAUCUAAUCUUGAGGAUGAUCAACUUCAAUUGGGUAUUGAAUGUCAUUUGAAUAAGUCUGGUGAUCCAAAAUGUUGUUCUCCAAUUUUCAAUUAUCUGCGAAACUUGGCAUUUCAUUCAUCGCCUGUUGUUGUUGAGAGUGUUACUACUUCAGACCUUAUUUUCCAUCAAAUGAUGAGGAAUACGAUGGAAUUGUUUACUGGUGAUGGUGCUUAUGUGGGUAAACAACUUACGGAUCCGCUUGAUGUUGUUUUUGUUGAUAGCCUUCCUGCUCAGGAAGACGGGGGUUUGAAGAUUCCAACUGAAUGGGAUGUGGAGUACAUUCAUAAUCGUUAUGCGUAUUUUCUAUAUGAGCAUGGAUGCAAGAAGCUGGCAAAUGGAUAUGAAAGUGAAGAUGAUUCUCCGGAAGUUAUGCCCCCGGAAUCUAGGAAGUCGAAUGCUGUCAAUGUUAUAAAUACGUUUAUUUCACAAAUG